GGCAGCAUCCUUGCCUCAUCUCAACACUUCUGUACCGCGUCUCGAUGGCAUAAGGACAUUAAAAGUAUUAGAUUUGUAAGUCUUAUUGAAUCUCUUCUGCACACUAUAAUUUAUAAAAUUAACAACUGAAGCAAUAUGUCUUUGUUGGUGCGGGAGCAUCGGACGGUGCGCUUUGUGUUUUUGGGCGCCGCCGGGGUUGGAAAAACUGCCCUGAUCACCCGUUUCUUGCAAGAUCGCUUCGACUCCAAAUACACGCGCACGGUGGAGGAGCUUCAUGCUCUCGAGUACGACAUAGACGGCGCGAGGGUGCGCAUUGAGAUCUUGGACACGAGCGGUAGUUAUUCGUUCCCAGCGAUGCGCGCUUUGUGCAUCCGAACCGGGGACGCGUUUGCGCUUGUGUACGCCGCAGACGAGCCAGACUCCCUGGAGGAGGUGCAGAGACUCCGUGAGGAGAUUCUGGAGUUGAAGGGAGAGAAGUUCACUGAAAUCACGGUGAUAGAGAACAAAGCGGACCUGGGCAGCCGGAGUCGCCAGGCCACUGCUGAGGUGAUGCGCGCGGUGGAGGAGGACUGGGGCGCGGGGUUUGUGGAGACGUCCGCACGCACCGGCGAGAACGUCGCAGGUGUGUUUCGGGACUUGCUUCAACAGAUGAAGUUACCGAGCCGCGUGAGCCCAGCACUGCGCAGACGGACGCAGACAACGAGCAGAGAACUUACAGGAACGCGGAAAAAGCCUCCAUUGAAGAAGAACAACAGCUGUAUCUUGUCUUAAUGGACAUUCACGUGAUAUUAUAGUUGUGCAUCAUACUGAUGCUUAAGUGGUCUGGAUCAAUAGACUCCACAUAAAUGUUGGACAUUUUGAGUCACAAGAAUGUGUCUGAUGCUUUAUCAUAAUCAUGUAAGGGUUUUAUGCAUAUGUCUGAUCUGUCUAAAUGAGAGCCAAAGUUCUUUUAUGAGUGAAUAAAUGCAAAUUGUG